AAAUUAUAGUGCAAUGGUAACAGCGCCGAAAGUUAAGAGGCAUACGGUACAAAAACGGAGCAAGAAAUGGGACACUGGAAAGACAAAGAAGAAGAAGAAGCAAACGGUAAAAUACAACAUCGAGUGUAAAAAUCCCGUAGAAGAUGGUAUUAUGAAUGUGAACGAUUUUGGGACAUUUCUGAAUGAACGCAUCAAAGUGAAUGGAAAAAUUGGUACUAUGGCAGCAAAUGGUGUGAGACUGGAAGUUGCAAAGACGAAGCUUAUCCUUACAUCCGAGGUUCCAUUUUCGAAGCGAUAUCUGAAAUAUCUUACCAAGAAGUACUUGAAACGCAACUCACUUCGUGACUGGUUAAGAGUAGUAGCUUCUUCGAAGGAUACAUAUGAAUUAAGAUAUUUCCAGAUCAACCAGGAUGAUGAAGAUGCUAGUGACAAUGAAUCGUGAUUUACCUUUUUCCUUGUUGUUGAUUUGGAUUAAUUUCAAGAUAAUAAAUUACUGCUUAUGUUAAUUGGC